UCAGAUAGGGAGGAGGAAGGAAAAGUAGGAGGAGAGCAUGGAAGGAAUGUCCGAGCUCAAGCUUUGUGUUCGGUAUCACACAUCUGAGAGAGUGAAGAGGGAAGAGUCCUUCUGGGAAGCAGGGAGCCUCUCAGGACAGGAGGAGGUGUGACUCAUUUUUUUCGGCUGUUGACAGAGCAGCGGUUCCUGGACAAGCUUGCGGAUUGUGUCAGGAGCAUCUUCCUGUGAGUGGAGAGGAGGCGUGAGCGGCAACAUGAGUGGCUCUGGAGAGGUUGUCUGUGAAGGUUGGCUGAGGAAAUCACCGCCUGAGAAAAAGCUGAGACGUUAUGCAUGGAAGAGACGGUGGUUUGUCCUCCGCAGCGGCCGGUUGAGUGGUGAGCCGGACGUCCUCCAGUAUUACAAGAACCCCCACUCUCGCAGGCCAAUUCGAACUAUUGAUUUGAAUCUGUGUGAACAGGUGGAUGCUGGGCUUUCAUUUACAAAGAAGGAGCUGGAGAACAGCUUUGCCUUUGACCUGAGGACGGAGGAGAGGACCUGGUACCUGGUGGCAGAGACAGAGGAGGACAUGAACCGCUGGGUGUCGUCCAUCUGCCUGCUGUGUGGCUUCAACCCAACCGACGACAUUCCUUCUAGACCUCCUGCUCACGAGAUGUCCUCCAUCCCCCCAGCCAGCCGGAUUAGUGCCACUGCCAUCACUGGCAUCUCCAACUCUUUACCUGAGCCCUACAACGCUGUGAGGGUGUCGCAGAUGGAGUCCAAUGGCAGCAUGGAAGACGACUACUUGUGGUUAUCAAACUGCCAAAGUCACAUCGGGCCCCCAAAAGGAUCCUGCACCUCUCUUGAAGUUGACAGCAACAGCCAACACCUGCGGCCCUCUGCUGCCUCCUCCUCAUGUUCGUCCUCAUCUUCAUCACCUUCUCUUCCUCCAAAUGCCAUGGCACUCCCUCCUGCAUCUUCCUCCGGCUUGAGGACGGUCCCAUGGACAGUAGCUUCAUCCUCAGCACCACGAAGCCAGUCUUUAGAUGCAAGCCUCACCCCUGACCUCCAGAAACCAGGCAGCAAAUUCAGAUGUCACCCGUCUCCACAUCCCAGGAAACACUCUUUGGACUUCCAUCUACGUCCGGUGGCCAUACCUGCCGAUGUGACGCAGGCAUUUAGUGGGUAUCAGUUCCCACGCCCAGCAUCCACGCCGCAGCCACCCCCCCAUCGCCGUCCCUCCUCCACCCCGAGCGUGGACUCCCUCACUCAAGCUGAGCUCUAUUCAUCCACUCCAACACCUCCACCACGCCCACCAAAGCCUGCUUCUAUGACAACCCCAACAGAGGGCGCAGAUGUUGAGAACAGAUCGGAUACUAACUUAACCACAACCUUAGAAAAGGAAGGAAGCAAUGAAGGAGGAGUCAACAUACCAAGGAGUAGAGCUAUUAGUGCGCCAGGACACACGAAGACAGGAUGUGACAGUGUUUUCAUCCCUCGAUCCCUGUCAGACCGAGCGAGCAUGUUUGACUUCAGCGAGAGCUUCAACAGCUACUUUCUGAAUAAAGGAAUGGUCCCGUUGGGCAGUGUGUGCUCAGAAGAUGACGAGGUGGAUGAAAACUACGUUCCCAUGAGUGCAGCCACCACCGAGCCUCCAAUCACAGCACGAGCUGCUCCAGCAGCCCCCACAGACAUCUCUCUCUCCUUCCACGAAGCCAACUACGUCUCCAUGACCCCCCACCCAUCUGGAUUCACCGCACUGCCGAACCCAAGCGCUACCGAUCUUUCUGCUCUGGGAAGGCAAGUACCACCAGUGGCGUACUUGGGCUUCCGCAGCUCACCGUUGACCGCGGCCGCUCCCCUCACCCCUCCACUCCGCAGGAAUACCUUGAACACAUCAGUGGGGAUGGAGGUCAGCGCUGUUCCUCCACCAGUUCACCGAAACCUAAAACCCCAACGCAAAGCAGGUGUCUGUAUGACUCCACCUGCUGACAGGAGGGAGACUGCAGGAGAACGCAACCACAAAACCAGAGUGAAACCAGCUCCCCUGAACAUCACACCAGUGCAGCAGGACUGGCAGGAAGUCCCACCACCUGUUCGCUCGCCCGUUACCAGAACCUUCACACGAGAUCCGUCCAGUUUCCGCUCAGUCGGGCCGAACUCUGGUCACAGCUCCUCCCUCUCCUCUGAUUCAGAUGAACCCGAUGACAACUAUGUUCCCAUGACGACCCCCAAUCUCAGCAUUAGUGCGGGAGAGUCGUCUCUCAGACUCAUGAUGCACCGAGCAUCUGAGGGAGGAGUCAGCAGUCCAUUACCGCGACGAGCACGAAGUGACAAACAGGUGGAGUACCUUGACCUGGACCUGCACACUGGACGGUCGACUCCAACCAGACAGCAGAAGCGUAGCACGGAAGAUCGUGGAGCAGAUGACAAGACCCUCAAUGGCCAGAGCACACGUGUGGACUACGUAGUGGUGGACCCCACAAAAACCAAGGCCCUGAGGAACACCAGAGAGGCCUGGCAUGGAGGACGGAUGUCCACCGAGAAGGAGAAAUGAAACGCCAUCUGAUCAGAGACAUUACUUUUGACAGUAAUUUAUUUUCUGCGCUACCAGUUUUUAUCUGACUAGGAUCCAAGUCCACCUGAGAUUCUUUUUUUUUUUUUAAUCCCACUACUUAGGUAUGUUUGACAAUCAUUAAAAGUUCAUCCCUCAUAAUAAAUCACCAAGGUAUAUAUUACCAAUAAGAGUGGAUCAAUUUCACCAUUUGUUUUUUUUUCUGUUUUGUUUUUUUUUUUCCUCGAGCUGUUACACACAUCUUGCAAUAAUGGUCGGAUUUGAUCAACAAAGAACGCAAAUCUGGAUUAGGCACAUUGUCAAUCGAUAAUGUUUUUUAAUCAUCUUAAUUUUUAAAUCUAUUUCACAGACAUAAAAAUGCAAUGAAAAUACAAAAACAGUCAACCUGUGUGAUCAAAACUUUGCUGGCUUUUGUUUGUUUCUGUAGAAAUCACUUCAACUCUUGCUGCUGUGUGAUUCACCUGUGCUGUGAAGGUCACUUGUGAUCUAGUGAAAAGGUC